CUGGCACAAGAUAGUUCUGCUAUUGCUACUCAUGGAAAUGCAGCAUCGUUACUACUGCUUCGAAAGAAGGCCACCACGGUUACUGACGCUCAUACUUCUUUUACACAUCUGUCUAUCGCUACCAAAUGAAUCUUGGGCUGGAUACAACGAGAAAAAACUACUCCAUAAGCUUUUAGAUCACUACAACGUCUUAGAACGCCCUGUCGCAAACGAAUCGGAUCCUCUUCAAUUAAGUUUUGGUUUGACUUUAAUGCAAAUUAUAGAUGUGGACGAAAAAAAUCAGCUUCUUAUUACUAAUAUUUGGUUAAAACUGGAAUGGAACGAUAUGAACUUGAGAUGGAAUUCUUCGGAAUUCGGUGGGGUGAAAGAUCUCCGUAUUCCGCCCAAUCGACUCUGGAAGCCCGAUGUUCUCAUGUAUAACAGUGCUGAUGAAGGUUUCGAUGGAACUUAUCCCACAAAUGUAGUUGUUCGGAAUAAUGGCAGUUGUCUGUAUGUACCACCUGGUAUAUUCAAAAGCACAUGUAAAAUUGAUAUAACAUGGUUUCCGUUCGAUGACCAGCGGUGUGAAAUGAAAUUCGGAAGCUGGACGUACGAUGGAUUACAGCUGGACCUUCAACUGCAAGAUGACGCAGGCGGAGACUUGAGCAGUUUUAUUACGAAUGGAGAGUGGGAUCUGCUGGGCGUACCUGGGAAGAGGAACGAGAUCUAUUACAACUGCUGCCCAGAGCCUUAUAUCGACAUAACCUUCUUCAUUCUAAUUCGGCGGCGUACUCUAUACUACUUUUUCAAUCUAAUAGUACCAUGUGUGUUAAUCGCGUCAAUGGCGGUGCUGGGAUUCACCCUACCGCCAGAUUCUGGGGAAAAACUUUCGUUAGGAGUGACGAUACUUCUGUCGCUUACUGUCUUUCUCAAUAUGGUUGCCGAAACGAUGCCUGCCACUUCUGAUGCUGUACCUCUACUCGGCACCUACUUCAACUGCAUUAUGUUUAUGGUAGCAUCAUCUGUCGUUUCUACUAUCCUGAUUCUUAAUUAUCACCAUAGGAACGCUGAUACGCAUGAAAUGUCUCAAUGGAUUCGUGUGGUGUUUUUGUGUUGGCUACCGUGGGUUCUGCGUAUGCAAAGACCAGCGGAUAAAGAAUCGUCGUUCGUUACGUCGCCGAAUCGUUCGUCGCCGCCCGAACGGAAGCCGAUUCAUUUUCCCGAAGUCGAAUUAAAGGAACGAUCAUCGAAAAGUCUUUUAGCCAACGUUCUAGAUAUAGAUGACGAUUUUAGACAUAAUUACAGAGGAGGAGGGACGCCGACACCACUUCAACCUGCAACGUUUUUUAGUAGAACUGUUUAUAGGCAAAACGAAGAGAGUGGUGGAGCCAACGGAAACGGGGGCGGACCUCGCUUGCACGAUGCCAUCGUUUCGAAUCAUUCAUGCAUCGGUGCCGAUUACGAGCUAGCCAUGAUCCUUAAGGAGAUCCGUUUUAUCACCGAUCAACUGCGAAAAGAAGACGACGCCGCGAACAUCACCAAAGACUGGAAAUUCGCGGCCAUGGUGGUAGACAGAUUGUGCCUUAUUAUAUUCACUCUGUUCACUAUCAUCGCCACGCUAGCGGUGCUAUUUUCGGCACCCCAUAUCAUUGUAUCGUAGCCAACCCCCGUCCCCGUCCUAGUCCCACUGCAGAUCCCAACCAUACUAUUACUAUUAUUAUUAAUAUUAAUAGAUGAAUAGCGAUCUUCCUCUUUGAUAUACUACACCCUGGGUAUCGAUACGAAUAUCUUCUCUAAUUUGAGCUGGUUUGUUUCAACUCUACGAACGCAUUUGAAUAUUUCUGUUUUUUCUUCAAAGUAAUCCAAAAAAUCUUACAUAGGAAUAAAAUACCGUAAAAUGUAGGAGAUGUCGGUAAUUUGCGUGGAUACAGACGCACUUAAUUUUUUUUUUAAAAUUGAACUAAGUUACCCAACAAACAGAAAUCACUUAUAUUUUAUCACGAAAAAUGACGGAAUGCCAAAUUCUGACCAACCUACGCUAAACAAAGUCAUUAUUCAUUUGAGAUAAACAAGUCUAAUGUGUAUCAUGAAUAUGGGCUUAUUCCACUUACACCGUCAAUGUUAAAGCUCGAUUUAAAAGAAAACAACGCGUAUAGCGUUAUACCACAAUAAUUUAUGUUAGCUUUUCAAGAACAUAGACUUGACUUUUUUGCGUCCUUUAUGUUAAACGUAUAUUUUUUUAAAAAAUUAAUAUUGUAUGUAAUUUAUUUGUUUUGUGGGGCCCAUUUAUUGUAAAUUUAAACAACAAUGACAUAACUUACUUCUUAUAAUUCAAGAAUAAUGACCGAUGUUUGAAUUGGGCCUGUUUGUGAGGAUUAGGUACUUGUAUUUUUUUCAUUAAUUUUUUUUAAUUUUAUAUAAAGUUAACCUAUGAAUAAAUCAACUACAUUUUAAAAUAUGCAAAAAAACUUUUAUAAAUAUAUUUAAAAACGUCAUUCUGAAAAAUCGACUAUUUUUAAUAGCGUCGUUGUUCUGGCCAACCAGCAAUAUACCGGGUCAUUCUAUAUGGGCGGAACACUUGAUUUAUGGCUUAACUAUGACUUGUACGAUAAUUUGACUUAGAUAAAAGUUAUUGUACAUUUUAUGUACUAUUUAUUGACGUUUACAGAUUUCCCGCAUACGUAAUGAUUUUCAAGAUAUGGCGUCAUCGGGCAAUAUUUUAAAAUGGAUCACCCUGUAUUUAUAUUUUUUUUCGAGUUCGUAUGAUCUGUCUGAUUUCAUCAAUGGUACAUUUAGUGGGUCCCAGACUUAUUUAAAAUAUUGCACGAUGACGUCAUAUCUUGAGAACCAUUACGAAUGCGGGAAAUCUGUAAACGUCAAUAAAUAGUACAUAAAAUGUACAAAAACUUUUAUCUAAGUCAAAUUAUCGUACAAGUCAUAGUUAAGCCAUAAAUCAAGUGUUCCGCCCAUAUAGAAUGACCCGUUCCGCCCAUAUAGAAUGACCCUGUAUAUCUAAUUGUUAAGAAAACAUUAAUAACAAUUUCCUGUAAACGUCCUAUCUUCCAUUCUACAGGAUAAUGACGUGAAUUUCAUAAAUACUUUAUUUUCUAAAUAUAUUUCCUUAGGGUAAAGACAUUAACUUAAAAAUAUAUACUCGGUGUCCAAAUAAGAAAGGAUACCUUCCAUAUCUAAAGAACCAUUUGCCUUACAGAUCUGAGUUUUUCUUUUAUAAAUAAAAGUGGUUUCUUAAAAUCGCUGGAAAUUAUUUUUAAGUUCCUAACAUUGUCACUAGAAGAGGAAAUGCUCAUGGCCAAGUUUUUUCAAAAAAAAAAUGUCAAAUUAAGUUAUGUCAAAAAUGUGAAAAUCGUUGACUACCCACUUGUGUAUCUGCUUAUCAUUGGUCAUAAGCAUUACGCCAUCUAGUGUUGAAGUUAGUAAUUUCAAAAUUUCCAGCGAUUCGUCUUUACGGUACUUUAUUAUUUCACCCUGUAUACAUAAAAAUAAGGGCAUAAUGGGUAUAUAGAGCGAUCAUGCAAAAAUGUAUUAAACUACAG